GGGGAGAGGCGGCCCGAUGGGGCGGCCGGCCGGCAGCCUGGCCCCGCUCCGGCUGCUGCUGCUCCUGGCGCUGGGGCACGCCUGGACCUACCGGGAGGAGCCACAGGACGGCGACAGGGAGGUUUGCUCCGAGAACAAAAUCGCCACCACCCGUUACCCCUGCCUGAAACCCACGGGCGAGCUCACCACCUGCUUCAGGAAAAAAUGCUGUAGGGGUUAUAAGUUUGUUCUUGGACAGUGCAUCCCUGAAGACUAUGAUGUCUGUGCCGAAGCUCCCUGCGAACAGCAGUGCACAGAUAACUUUGGGCGAGUCUUAUGCACUUGUUAUCCUGGGUACCGCUAUGAUCGGGAGAGGCACAGGAACAGAGAAAAGCCUUAUUGCCUGGAUAUUGAUGAGUGUGCCACGAGCAAUGGGACGCUGUGCUCUCAGAUCUGUGUCAACACCAUAGGCAGCUACAGGUGCGAGUGUCAUGAAGGCUAUACCCGGGAGGAGGACGGCAAGACAUGCACCAAGGGAGAUAAAGCUGGGCUUACUGAGAAAUCUGAAAAUGUGGCGAAACCGGGGACAUGCUGUGCCUCUUGUAAGGAAUUUCAUCAAAUAAAGCAGAUGGUUUUACAACUGAAGCAAAAGGUUGCUUUUCUACCAAAUAAUGCUGCUGAUCUUAGCAAGCAAAUCACUGGUGAAAAAGUGCUUGCAUCUAAUGCAUAUAUCCCUGGCCCCCCAGGCCAGCCUGGCCAACCAGGCCCUCCAGGGGCUCCAGGACCAAAAGGGAGUCAAGGAGUUCCUGGGUCACCUGGACCUCCCGGACAGCCAGGACCCCGUGGAUCAAUGGGACCUAUGGGCCCAUCUCCAGACAUAUCACAUAUUAAGCAGGGCAGACGGGGCCCCGUGGUCAGUACUCUCCCAUUGUGCAUUGCACAACUGGCCCUAGCUCCACAAUGUCUGACACUCUUUGUGAACACUUACUUUUCUCUUGCAGGGCCCACCAGGAGCCCCGGGGAGAGAUGGCAGCAAGGUGAGGAGAGUCACAGCAAACUAACUGAAGUGGUAUUGAUUACAGGGGGAGCGAGGCGCACCAGGACCAAAAGGGAUACCUGUAAGUAUUGCUCACUUGAAGAAUUUCCACAACAGGGUGAUGCUGACAACACACAACAAGUCAGCCGAAAGGAAAACAAACAAACAAACAAACAAACCUUUUCAAAAGCACAGUGAAAGAUAGUUUCCAUGCACAGAAAAUAUUAUUGGAAAGAAAGUAAUUACCUGUUUUCAUCCAAGUGUUUUUGCCUACACACCUCUUCCCUUCCUGGGUGUGACACUGAAGGAAGCAAGUGCACCUCUGACCUACAAUAGCAGUGGGACAUCCUCAGAAGGCAGGAGUAUGAGAUCCCACGCAGUUAGUACAGUUCUGCCACUGCUCCUCAUGGGAUUUUGAUCCCUGGAACCUCUUAAAAUUCUGGCCCUCAUCUCUCUCUAGGAUUUGGGAAGCUGUAGGCUUUGAGCAAGUCAUCAGGAGAAGGAUGAGUAUUUACAAUCUCUUUUCAAGAUAAACUGUUUAAAAAUCUAUUUCUUAUGGUGUUUUCUCAUUGGUGGAAUGGAUUUUUGAGAGUGUGUCCAGCAGGGUGUCCUCAGUAUUAACCAGUAUACUUUACUGUGUGAAGUCAGCUAACAAGAGAUGAUGAUUUUCUAAAAUCAGAUAAAACCAGAUGGCUACUCUCUACAUUGUAAUUGCCAAUAUAUUUAGUUAAUGAUGGACAGCAGCGAGGUCACCAUAUUGAAAAGACACUUUCCAAAUACCAUUGGAAGCAUUCUUGAGAAAAUGUUUAAACAGAUAAUAAUUGUUGAUUGAUUAGUAAUUCUGAGUGUAAUUUCUAUCAGUUUAAUAAGGAGGAACACAAGAGACCAAGAUUUAUCUCCUCUAUUUGCAUGAGGUGCUAAGAUAAUCUUAGGAGGCAGAUAUAGCAAAGGAAUUGUUAAGUACCUGAAGGGCUGAGCCUCUUAUAAAUGUAAAUUAUCCUCUGUCUGCAAAAACAUUUACCUUCUUUUGAAAACUGUUGCCUGAGCUAGUUGAUUCAAAACCAUAGCAUUAACAUUUGGUAAUUGAUACGAAGCAGUAUUAUACCAGGUUAUCCCUGCAAGAGUAAUUACAUCAAUCUGUUUGAAAACUGUGAGACCGAAGUGGGUUACUACUUCUGACUGUGCCUUGUGACUGCAGGGCCCACCAGGUUCAUUUGAUUUCCUAUUGCUGAUGAUGGCAGACAUCAGAAACGACAUCGCUGAGCUGCAAGAGAGAGUAUUUGGACACAGGACUCAUUCAUCAACAGAGGAGUUUCCAUUACCUCAGGAAUUUACAAACUAUCAUGACACAGUAGAUUUUGGAUCUGGAGAAGACUACAAACCACGGGCACCACCCAGAGACUCCAGGAUACAGAAGGCAGCCCAUCCUUAGCUAUGCCUGCUGAAAAAUAGAGCCCCUUUAGAGUUCUUCAGUACAAAAAUGCACUGACAGUGUAAAAUAUAUAUAGAUACUUUUUUAUAUAUAUAUUAUUUCCCAGUUUUCUCUCUGCUUUUCCCCAACCAUGCUGCCUGUACUGUAGCUUUCCAGACUCAUGGUAGCCUUCUUGUAGUAAUUCCAUACUGUCAAGCCUGCACUGUGCAUUGUACCUAGACUGUCAAGAAACAGUUCUCAGUAUAUAGUACAAUUCAGGCAUGCUCUAGUAUUAACUAGACCACAGCAUUUCACCUGCCUACCUUGCAUUGUAUGUCCAAAUGACCCAGUACCCAAAUUUUGUCAGUGAUAGAGGUGUAGCUGCACACCAACCCUGAAUGACAUUAAUAAUGAAAACCUUGGUCCAUGAUUACUUUAUACAUGUAAAUAUAUUACAUCACUGAACUCAAGUCUCCACCUACUGUCCCCAGGCUUAGGAAAGCAUGAGAAGUGGAUCCCUGUUUCACAGCACAGGACACAGGCUAGCUGUAAGUGAAAUGUCUUCUUCUAUUAUGCUCCACCAUGGCAGAAAAAGGCAAAAAAAAAAAAAAAGGUGAAACAGUGAUUCAAGGGCACUACUUCUUGAUGGGGUAAUUAUUUGUGUUGCUAGAGUACUGUUCAAAGAAAGUCAAAAAGGUAUGUUUGUCCUAAACUAACACUACUUUUCCCUUACCAUUCACCUGCUGCUCAGUGUGUUUCUCAAUAGAUUCAUGCUGGGAACAUUACACAAAGAUGAGCAAGAGAACAGGUGAUGCAUAAAGCAGGAAAACAAAUUGUUAAGUGAGUCAAGUAGGCUUAUUGGCAAGCACAAAAUCAAUCCCAGCCUUGCAGAAAGAGUCAGAGUGUGACCUCCUGUGGGUGCAUGUCUUCCUUGGUGAAAUGCUGAAGUCCAAGUGAAACAAGACCAGAGAGAGGCCUCAUGUUUGCAAAGACCUUCUAUCUGUUUCCUUCCUCUGCUGCAUGAGAGCAACCUAAACAGCAUUCACGGAGCUGGAACACAGAGUUGCAGUGUAUUUGGCUGGAUAUAUGAGGAGUAUGAGUAGGUGCAGGAGUGCAAAUGACAGAACAUUUCAACUGGUACGAGGAUGGCUAAGGUGAGGUACUGCACAUGGGAUCCCAUAUUUGUGAAGAGGGAUGAACGGGAAGUGCCCUUUUUUUACACUGGAAAAUUGGAUGCACAAGUUAGACCAUACCUCAUGGAAGAUGUAUGUUACCAUUUCUUUUGGAUUAUGACAGCUGCUGAGGACUUUGCCAUGCUUAGAAGAUAAAGGAGUAUAUUAAGCACAAGACUUCGAUGUUGUAUCUGUGUAGCUGCUACUUUUACAGUAUGUUUAGUGCUGGCUCAUGUCCAUGUUACAAAUGCAAAGAAAAACUUCUUAUUCUGCCAUGUUUUUCAGGGCUUGUUCUAAUAGAAUACAUACAUGUAAAAAUAUAAGGAGCCCUUUUCAGAUAGCCUGUAAAGGUUUGGAUUCGCUUCCGUAUUUCAGGCCAAAAGGUAGUUCGUGUAAUCUCUACACCAACGGUACAAGCCAUGCUGUAUAAACAGCUGGCUGGCUAGACCUUUCUUAUCUUGUGUAUAUUGUCUUAAGACAAUGUGUUAAUUCCUCUGAUUGUUUCCCAAGUCAUCACUAUCACUAUGCCACAAGCAAGGGCAUUAGCUUUAAGAACCUUAAGGUUCUGUAUUCCUCUUUACAUUAUAUGUAUUGCAACAUUUUCAAAGCAAUGACUAAGUCACUGGGAUAGCUUUAGAAAAAGUGGCAGUGCUCUCAACCUGUGGUCUUUGGGCUUCUCCUCUGAGAGGGCCUCUGCCAGCAGCUGCAGAUCCAAGCACUCUUGUGAACCAGGUAAUAAAGACAUCAGUAAGACUUGGGGAAGGAACUUGUGGCCAAAAGAGGGAUGGUCUUAUAUGCAGCAGGCUGAAAACCUCUAAGACAGCAUAAACUGAGGCAUUUAUUAACUUAUUUUCUUAAUUUUAAGCAGGCAACUAGAUACAAGUAAGGUCAUUCAUCAAUAUGCAAUUUUAAGUAAAUUAGUUAAAUGUCAAAUGUAAUAUUUGUAACUUCUGCAAAUCAUGUAACUCUUGCGUAUGUUUACCACCAGAUCAUCACCUGCUGGAUCAGGUUGAUUCCCACUAUAGCACUGGUAGCUGCAGGGUUUUUUGACCAUCAGAUACUGAAUGAUGAGUCACUUCUUACACCAACUAAAUUCUGUUGCUCCCUGCCCACAAGAAGAUGCAUUCUAAAAAAGGCACUUAUUCUAGUUCUAAGCUCUGCUUUUCCAAAUAUAGACAAAUACCAAAUGAGAAGUUCCUACAGUCUGACCAUCCAGUUCAGGAGUAUGUGACAGUUCCCCUGCUGUGCUUAAGUAUGGAAGGCAAAUUCUGAGACUGGACCAGAAAAGUAGAUAAAAUACUUGCUUCGCUGUAAGCAAAGUGUAAUAGAGAAAGCUGUCCUACAGACUCUUAAACACAGAACAUGGCACGUGCCUUUCUGAAUGGAAACUUCAAUAACUUCAGUUUUUGGAGUCUGCAUCAUCGGUUUUCACAGCCUAGAGCUGGGUUUCCAAAAGAUGUGCUUACUCCAUCAAAAAAGGUGAAGGAAAGUGCCCCUUGGUUUUGUCCCUGUACUUCACCCUCCUCUUUCCAGACUCUCUGCCCCCAAGCUGUUGGUUGAGUCCCAGCAGCAAGGAGGGGAGAUUAUGGUAAAGAUUAAAUCCACCCAAGAAGACAUAGGAAUUUCUCCAGCAGGGAGAGCUCCUCAGAGCACAGCUGGCUGGGAAGGUUCAGCCUUCUGUUUGCAUCCAGCUAAAACCUUUGCAUAGGCCUCUCUCAUUUUAUUCCUGAUUCACUCAAUGAAAACUUCCAUAACACGUAUAAGAAACAGUCCAUUAAGAUUUCUGGAUAAAGACACACAGACAGAAAAGUGCCAUUUUCUUCAGCAUAUCCAAGGUUUCAUAAAGCCAGAGCAGAGGAAUCAUUUCCAGUCUUAAAUUCGUUACCGGGUAGCCAGGGAAGCCAUUACCUUAUAAAUUAUUUAUUACUCUGUGGCUCCAAAAAUAACAAACUCCCCCAAUAAUCCAAAAUUAGAAUGUAGAAACACGUAUGCUCAUGCCUACUUUCAUUACUAGGCUCAUGCACAACUUUGUUUCAUAUAAAUACUAUGUAUAAUUUUAUUAGAAAGAAAUACUAUUUUGAUGUUAAGACAUCAAGUUAUAAGCAGAAGAAUAAUAAAAGAGUUUGUUAUUUUAUUAAUAUUAGAAAUAUAUUUAAUGGAAACAUUUGCAAGAGUGUGUAGUGAUGGGAAAAUGCUGAUUGUUAAUGAGUUUAACAAAAUUGUAAAGUUUGGAAAAUGUUUUCUUUCAACACUGUGUCAAAUACAUGCAGGAUUAAUCUUUCUUGCAAUGUGGGGAUACUGACACAGGAUUCACAUGCUAAAUCAGGAAAAGGAGAGGAAAACUGAUUGUAAAUGGAAUUAAGGUAAUGCCUGGAGUUAUUGGUGGCAUCACAGCUUGAGUAACCUUUUUCCUAGAAGUAUUUCAGAGUUAAUACACUAAGCCCCAGAGAAGCAACAAAAGGUGGGGGUGGGGGCCCAAGAAUUUGUUAAUGUCACUUAAAAUCCAUAUGUUCGUUCCUAUUACACAUUCCAGUAACUAUACUGUUCACUUUAUUUAUAUAAGUAUAUGAAAUACUAAAAUGUGUAUAAAAUGACUGUGAUUUUAUGCUGUAUUCAUAAUAACAAAGAUAUUUUUUCUUA